AUGCCUGCUUCGCACGUACCAUCCCUUCCGUCCCACUUCUCAGCUUGUCUAACUCUGCUCGAGCAGAAGAACUCUUCCUGCUGGAACCUGCUGUGGACGUGGAGCAAGCCGAAAAUUCAGUGGUCAGACCUCAACAUCUGGCAGCGAGUGAAUCAUUUCCCAGAAGCGAAGCAUCUGACUCGAAAGGAUAAUCUCAAACGCAACGUUGCAAGGUAUCGAAACAUUCCGGGGAAAGUCGGAGAGUACUUCGACAUAACUCCUCUCACCUUCACGCUUCCUGGUGAGUACGUUCAGUUCUGUACGGAGUUUGCGAGGAAAGCAGACCUCCCGACCUCGAAGAAUUUGUGGAUCAUGAAGCCUGCGGGGUCCUCGCGAGGUCGUGGCAUCUUCGUGUUCAACGACAUCGCUGCCGUCUCCUACACCGAGUGCGUCAUCGUGCAGGCCUACAUCGAGCGUCCUCUCCUCCUCGAGGGCUACAAGUUCGACCUUCGCCUCUACGUCCUCGUCACCAGCAUGAACCCCCUCGAGGCGUUUUUGUACCAGGAGGGCUUCGCUCGCUUCAGCUCCGAACGGUACAGCCUCGAUGCCGGAGACAUCGCAAACCGCUUCAUUCACUUGACAAAUAGCUCCAUCAACCGCCACAAUGUCAACGAGCUCCAGCAGCGAAACUUAAGGUCGGACGGGUAUGCAUCCGGGGGCUCCAAGAUUUCUCUUGAGCAGCUUCAGCGGCGGCUGAGAGCACUUGGGAUCGACUGGAAGAGCCUGUGGGGGCGGGUAGCGCUGGUGGUCCUCAAGACGCUCUUCUGCGUACAAGACCGCAUCCCCCAGCACCCCAACGCCUUCGAGCUCUUCGGGUUCGACAUUCUGAUAGACUCGGGUGCUCCUCCUUCUCAUCCUCCUGGCCUUCUCCUCUUCCUUCCUUCUGUCCUUCUUCUCCGCUUGUUCAUGCUUCCCAGAUCUACGUCCUUGGCUGAUUGAGGUGAACGCGUCGCCAAGCUUGUCGCGAGACAACGAUCUUGAUUUCAAGGUCAAAGAUGCUCUCGUCCGCGAUACUCUCAAGGUUGCAGCUGCUCCUGCCUUUGAUCGAGAAGUCAUGGCCACGAUGCUGAAGAGGAGAAUGACCGAACGCUCAAGGGGAAGGUGGCAUGUCGACAAGGAACUAUCGGGCGACAUCGCAGCUAUUCUCAACGGACAGAGGCCAAGGGAGUUCGGGGAGAUGCCGGAGGAGCUGGGGAUGUACGAGAGGAUAGCUCCCUCCAAGGAAUGGGACGAGGUCAAGAGCGUCUUGAAGAGCCGCCAGUCCCUCAAAUAAAAUUUCCUUCUGCAAUUAAAUCUACAAUGUCUAUG